AUGCACAACCAGGAUCAGACUGGUGUGGGUGUGGUCUCCUGGUCACCUCUAGCCUGUGGAAUCAUCACUGGGAAGUAUGAGAAUGGCAUCCCAGAAUGCUCCAGGGCCUCCAUGAAGCCGUACGCCUGGUUAAAGGAGAAGAUAGUGAGCGAAGAAGGGAGGAAACAACAGGCCAAGCUGAAGGAGCUCACUACCAUCUCUGAAAAGCUGGGCUGCACUCUGCCACAAUUAGCUAUCGCCUGGUGUCUGAGAAAUGAAGGAGUGAGCUCAGUGCUGCUGGGAACAUCCAACCCCAUCCAGCUUAUAGAGAACCUGAGGGCCAUGGAGGCAAGGAGCAUCUCUCAUAUAGUUUACUUUUUUCCAUUAAGGGAAGAAGGACUACCUUGAAGAAUACAUUUUAAGCUGUUUUAGGCCCAAUGCAAAAUCGACCCUGAGACUCUAUGCCCACAGGAGG